AUGUCUCAGUAUAACCUCGGUGGUGUUGCAUUCCCAGGAGGACACACCGCAAGUGAACCUUCAGACCCCUGGAGGAGCCAUGCCACCUCUACAUCAUCUGAAGCAGGAUCAGCUGCCCCUGUGGAAGAACCACAUGACAGCAGCACACCCAAGGCGUCAGGAGUAGUCAGAAACCCAUCGCCCACCACCCUGCCAGAAUUCACCACACCUCAGACUUGGGAAUGGCAGGGGAUCCCUUACGCAACAAUCGAGGAAGCCGCAGAUGCCGCCACACCCAACACCAUUCCAAGGGACGUAAAGGAAUGGACAAUGAAUGUGAUGGAUGAACGUCACGAGUGCACGGUGGCCUCAUUGGAGGAAGAAAUCCUGGCCCACAUCCAUGUCAAAAUAAUAGCAGUGAAAACGCGAGACCAGCUAAAAGUUGCAAGAGCCAAGAUCAGCACCCUCUCUGCUGACAAUGAACGGCUCAUCAAGUCGAACAACAGUCUGAUAGCUGAAGCCCAAGCAAUCCGCAAGGACUUCGAAGAUUACAAGAAUGAAGUAAAGGGUCAGAUGGACGCCCUUUACGGCAACAUGGUCACCCUGAAGGAGGCUCAGGAAAUGACCACGACCUACAUCGUUGGCUUAGAGUCUCGACUCAAUAACACCAUCAUCAAUGCGCCCCCCCAAGGGAGAAAAUCAUCGGAGAACUUCGAGACCUGGUUCACCAACCUGCUAAUAUGGCUCAAUUAUAAUCACUUCACCAACGACAAGGACAAGAUUCGGCAGGCCAACGCACAUCUGGAAGGAGGAGCUGCUCUGUACAUGAAAGAGUAUGCAAUCAAGCUCACCUCUGGACAAGACAUCGGCACAUGGGCCGAAUACACCCGGAAACUGGAAAUGGCUUACAAGAUGCUUGAUUCCAAGUGCACAGCACAGUCACUGCUGGACGCACACUGCACAAUUCACCACAAGACGAUGAUCACCUUCGCAGAAAAUUUCAGGGCCUAUGCCCCCGAAUCGGGAUAUUCUGACGAAGAUUUGAUCGUCAAGAUCAGGGAACAAUGGUCUGCCCACAUCCAAAUGGUCAUGUCAGUCAUGGAGACUUUAGACCCCUCGAAGAUUCCCACCACCUGGAUGGAUUAUCUCGAGUUCUGCCUGGAGAUCGAAAUCAAGCAUCUCCAGCAGAUUUCGAGCAACAAGUCUACUGGACAGACCGCAACGACAAAGCAAGGCCAAGGAAAAGGGAAGGGCAAGGCGAUGAACGUGCGACAAGUGGAGGAAGAAAGUAGCGCGGAGUCAUCAGCUCAAAUUGUGGCAUUGGAACAAGCAAUUGCUGCACUUCGUGGAAUGAGCACAACCUCGACUACUCCCCCAUCCAGCAAGGGUAAGGCAAAGGCACAUGGUGCAGACACGGAAUCAACAAUCUUGGCAUCUACGGUUAAGGACACCAACGCAAGAAUCGUCGAGCUGGACGAAUUCUCAGAGGAUUUUCAGUACGAAGUGUAG